AUGACAUCCCUUGAACACAUCUUCCUUAAAAAUGUUGUGUUGUAUUUAGAAGACUUGGAAGAUGUUGUCAACUUUAUUUUAAUGAACAAGAAAUGUACAACAUCAGUACAGACGAUGUAUAUCAACCCUUACAAAUUAUCAACAGAAGAGUCUUUGGAAAAAAUAAAGAAAUUGUUUUCAGUUCUUCAGACAUUUUAUUUAGUAUUUGAUGAAAUAAAUAAUUUCACUGAUAUGAAGCUUGACAGUGUUUCAUUGAUUGAAUUGGACUUCACUAGUUUUGCUUAUAAAGAUUAUCAAAUGUUCCAUUCCCUUUGUUUCACUGAAAAGGUGAAAAAAUUGCGUAUGUUCAAUAUCCCAUACAUUCAAAAGGCGCACUUCUUUUCUGAAUACAAAACACUCAGUGAAGUCAUGCUAUGGUGUUCAUGUCAAAGCAAAGAACUUUAUUUCAUUCCUGACGUCGCAACACUUCGGAAGUUCACGCUUGUAUUCCCGAUUGCUCAAAUAACCAAAGUCGUGCAACUUGAUUUUAAGAAACGAGCCAAUGUGAAAUUUGUUUUGGUGAUAUAUGACACUUAUUCGUAUCAAGAAAAUUUAAUUUGUAAUGUGUUGGAUGGUCUUCCUCCAAACGUCGAAGUCUAUGCACAAUUUAUGUCACUGAAUCUGAUGACAUAUCCAUAUGUCCCUCCAUUUCAUUAUUCAACACUUAAAGAAAAAGAACUUGGUGAGUCUUAUUUCUUUGUUGAUACCAUUGAUGAGAAGCGAGUGAUUGUCUAUUCUAAUGUUGUGAACUGUGAUGAAGUUGCUGAACAACUGUUAACAAAAUCACUCCUUGAUCAAAUUGAAAUACACACAUCAGUGUUGGAUUUGCAGAGGCUUCCAGUUCUUGAUUUCACACACUCAACAACCAUCAAGACAAUAUUAAUAUCGUGUAAGGGAGUUGCAAAAGUGUAUGUACCCAAAACCAUUGAAGUGAUUACCCUCUCCGAGUUUAGAGGAGACGUUUGCAUGGACGAGUGCAAACCAAGAUGUGUUAAUAUUUCUCAGUACAACGGACAACCAGUGGUGAUUAACACUGACAAAUUGAAACGGUUUAUAAUGGACCUUUCACCUGCUAAUGUUGUGACGUUUGUGCACAAAGGAAAAGUGUAUGAUGGAGUGUAUAUUGUGGAUUGUGAGCAGAUGGAAGAGUUUCAAAUAUAUGGGAUUUACCAACUGCGGAUGUUAUUAAAUUACUUGGUGGUUAAAGGGGGGGUUGAGUUGUAUCGGUUCAGAGCGAUGUCGUUCUGUUUAGUUCUUGGAAAACUGAGUAUAAAAAAUUUGUAUGGAGAUGUCGACUUAUCUAACUUUGAAUGUUACUCAAUUGAGUUGGAGAGUGACGUACAAGACUGCACAAACAAUGUGAAGAUUGGGAAUACAACAGAAGUGAGUGUCAUUGGAGGAAUUUAUGGUACUAUCGAAGUGGGUAAAAUUAAUACAAUAACAUUCACAGGAACAAAAGUUAAAAAUCUCUUGAUGACUUAUGUGGAUAAUGUUGUAUUCGAUCAGUUGACCACAUUUGAUAGUAUGAAAGUAGAAACAAUAUGGAGAAUACAAGGAAACAAAAGACUGAUUAAACAAUUUAAAAUGAACAAUAAGGCGAAUAUGAAUUUAUGA